AGCAAUUAAAUAUUAAUUUUAUGCUCAAAGUCAAUUUGACUCGGAUCAAUCCUAUCUUCACUUAUCAAUAAUAAUACUUCUUAAAUCUAUCUACCAUGCCUAGCAUGAUGGAAUCCUUCGUUCAACGUUUCAAUAUAUUAGAAGCGCAAAGAGAAACGGGCAAUGAAUUAAUCAAGGUGCGUUUGUGCCGCUGUCGAUGCCAGCCAUGAUCUGAUGUUUGGGAAGAAUUGAUUAUGCUAACUUCAAUUCUCAUUAGGACCUUCUGAUAUAUAUUGAAACGGUUGAAAGUAAUCUGCGACACGAAAACGAGCGUCUUAAAAAAGAAUUGAAUGAUGCACAUCUGGAUUUGGAUGAUUCGAGAAAGUCCAGAAGAGAAUUGCAAAUACAUUGGAAUUUGACCACUCAACACUUAGAACGAGCUCUCACGGAUAAUAGCAUUCUGCAGGUAGGAAGGGAUUGGUUCGGUGGUUGCAUCCAUCACUAAUAUUGGCAAAAUAGAAUCGAAAUCCAUACAUAAUAGCUUUAGUUGAUGCCGAUGGCAUGAUUGUUAGUUGCACCUCCACGUAUCCCCUUCAGACUCUAGCUGAUGAUUGUCAUAUAGUUCAACCAGGAACUUAUAAAUCAAGGGCUCGAAGGAGGCAAAAAAGCAGCCAAUCUUCUCAGAGCUUCAAUACUCGAACAAUGUAGUGGGCCUCAAACUGAGGAGAUUGAAAUUAUGGCCAAGGUCUGCGCGAACUACUCGGGAUUAUCAAAAGCCUUGAUGAGAGAUGGAACACUUGAAGGUCUCGAAAAGUUCAAAGAUUUCACUUUAGGAUUCACCCAGGGAAAAGCACAUUUCGAUUUUAUAGAUGUUGGUCAUGGGAAAGAGAGGGCCGAUUCAAAGAUUAAAGGUUCGUUUCAAUUGAUGUUCAUUAUGAUCCAUGGUCAGUUCACGGCACCUAUCCUGGUACUGACUUUCACAAGAAUGUAUUAGAUGGCAUUUAAGAAAUUGGAAUUGCAAACAACUUUUACUUGGUAUAUCAUUUGAUAGCGGGUACGCACCAUUUCUCGAGGAAGUAAUUACGCAAGACGAUCGAAAUAGAAUUACAAUAGUGGAAGGACCACCAAUAGUCCGAGAACUUUCAGCCAUUGGCCUUCGAACUCUCAAAUUCGAACAUAUAUUUCGCUCCGAAAAAUUGAUAGAUCGGGCAACAGAAUCUAGCGCUACGUCUGUUCCAUCAACCUGGGCUGGUGUCACAUCAAUACCCCCGCCUACACCACCGACUGCCGUGGCAUCUCCUGCUUUGGGUAAAACCGCUUCAACGGCGAUCAAGAAACCAGAUGUUACAAGUAAUGUUUUCGCUAGAUUGGGCUGGAACCCUGAGCCUCGAGGAAUUGACCCUCCAAUACAUGUCAAAAAAGAAGUACUGGAAGCGGUAAAACAAAGAAAAAACGCGAAUAAAUUAUGCAAUAAUCAUUAUCUACGAGGACCUUGCUCUAAAGGCGAUGAAUGUUGCUUUGAACACGAUCAUAAAGCUACGGAAGAGGAAAUCAAAGCUAUUGCUUAUUUAACACGCCAAAAUCCUUGUGUCAAUGGUCAAGAUUGCGACAAUGAGGAAUGUAUUUAUGGGCACCAUUGCCCUAGUGUGGUUAUUCCAAGUAUUGGAUCUAAGGAACCUACUUGUAUGGCAUUUGCUUGCAAAUUCUAUAAGGAAGAUCAUCCUCCAGGAACAAUAAUCAAACACCCUAAAAAAGAGUAUGUCGAACGAUAUUAGAACAAGUUCAUUUUCUUCCACUGGUUCAAUCCUCUUUACGCCAUCUUCACACGUGGCUACUGUCGUGGUGAAAACACAAGGGUCCAUCGCUUCAUGGAGGAUGGCUUUCUGAUUUGAUAAUGGAUAUGGUUUUUCAUGGACAGGAAACGAAAAGAUACUACUAGGUAGUUAGACUCGAAGGAUCUUAAUUGCUGCAGGGGGUUAGCCAUGAUGGAUAUGUGAUUUAUUCAAGUGAUGGAAACGAAGUUGUUUAUUGCUGUGGAUAUUGGCUCCUCUAAUGUGAAUCAUAGUUGCCUUUUAUAGUCUACAGCUGUCAAUAUCUUGAUAGUAUUUAUCUAUCUACUUAAUGCUAUUU